UAUAACAGGUAUAUCUUUUCAUGGCGGAGGGAAAUGGCGGUUUCAGCAGCUCCGGAUGGUCUCUCAGAGGCACGACCGCCCUCGUCACCGGUGGCACUCGUGGAAUCGGAUAUGCGGUAGUAGAAGAGCUGGCUGGACUGGGUGCCACCGUACACACCUGUUCACGUAACGAAGCAGAGCUCGAUAAAUGCUUGCGCGAGUGGCAUGCUAAGGGUUUUGCAGUGACUGGUUCGGUUUGUGAUGGGUCGGAUCGAGCCCAGCGUGAGCAGUUGAUGGAGAAGGUCUCUUCCAUUUUCAAUGGGAAGCUUAAUAUCCUGAUAAAUAAUGUGGGGACAAAUAUCAGGAAACCAACAGUUGAUUUCACUGCUGCAGAAUAUUCAACAAUCAUGACUACCAACCUUGAAUCCGCUUACCAUCUGUGCCAACUUGCCCACCCUCUUUUAAAAGCAUCUGGAGCAGGAAACAUUGUGUUUGUUUCCUCUGUUGCAGGUGUGGUGAGUUUGGGUACUGGAUCAAUUUAUGCAGCAACAAAAGCUGCAAUGAAUCAACUUACAAAGAAUUUAGCUUGUGAGUGGGCAAAAGACAAUAUCAGGAGCAAUAGUGUUGCACCCUGGUACAUCAAGACCUCUCUUGUUGAACAUUUGCUACAAAAGCAAGACUUCUUUGAAAGUGUAAUCUCCAGAACACCCCUCGGACGACCAGGAGAGCCGAAGGAGGUCUCGUCUCUGGUGGCAUUCCUUUGCCUUCCUGUGGCUUCUUACAUCACAGGGCAGGUUAUUUGCGUGGACGGUGGAAUGACUGUGAAUGGUUUCUAUCCCAACAUCUGAAAGAGGAAGUCAGCCAGCUUCCCGGAGUAAUAAAUUCAUUCUCUCUAAACUGUUACAACUUCCUAGAUGAAUUCCUUAAGUUUUAGUCUCCAUUUUCCUGGUGGCUUUCAAUUCCAAGAAUACUAGUAUCUUGUAACACCAACCCCAUGCUUGUGUUAAACGGAAGCACCACCACCUUAGUUCCAUUGCUCACCAUGGUGUUGUUGGGUGGUGUCCCUAUAUAAAAUUGAAAGGAAAGAUUGGAGAACUUGGAUAAUCUGUGGUGUCGACGCCAUUGGAUUGCUGAAAAAGUGUGCUGAAAAAUGUAAAAGUUCAUGUGACAUUUAUGUUAGCCUAACUCUAC